AAUCCUCUGCCGCUGCGCUGCUUCGCCUUCGGCUCGGCGACACGAAGGCCAACCCGAACGCAGACGAAGGCGAAGACGAGCGGUUGCUCAGUUUUCUCAGCGUUUUUUCCGUUUUCAGUGCUCAGUUCAACUUUAGCUGCGCACGCGAGCGGUGCGAUUUUUCACUAGAGCUCGAGAGUGGCUCGUAAUUGUGUUUUUGGCUGGCCAGGAAAAUCCCUCUGGCGAAAAAGGGGAAAACUCGCGCGCGAUUUUCACGUUCGCCGAUUCACACACGACAACAACGUCGACGAUCGUUUUGUGGAGCGUAAUUACAAUACAAAACGUAGUCCGAACGCAAUUGAAAUACAAAACAACAUAAACGAAUUUUAAGUUUGUUAUCAACGCGACUGAAGCUUAAUGCGGGGCUUAGCUUGAUUUUCUGAUAUUCUGACUUGUGUGAUUUUCUGAUUUUCUGCGUACGCUAAUGCGUCGUUUUCCACCGACACUGGCUGGCAGUGUUUUCCAGUAGGUCCGGCGAAUUGGCGCGCAAUUUCAUUGAAUUGCAUUGAAUUGAAUGCAAAUUGCAAUUGCGGCACCGCGCGAAAUUGAACCUUUGACGGCGUCGAUGGACAGCGCGCACAACGUGGCGUAUGCGUAAUCUGUGGCAAGCGAAUCGAAGUACUCGCAAUCAAAUUGAAAUUGAAAUGCAAAUGUAAAUCGAAAUCGAAAUGGAAAUGAAAAUGCGAAUUGAAAUGAAAGGCGCGCGCCGGCUCAAAUAAAUUAUGCGCCAGUGAGUUCUAAGUGCUUCGUCUCUUUCCAUCCGCGGUGUGGCCUCUCUUUUUCGCGCAGUAAUACGAAUAAAAUAAUAAAAAUAAAAAAUAGACCCAAGCCCAGGCAAUUGAAAAUGCGAUUCAUAUCGGUUCGAGUGGCAGCAGCAACAGCAACAACAACAGCAACUAGACGACAACAACAAGAAGCGAACUGAUGAUCGCUGGCAACAUGUCAAGCAUAAUUAAUUUUCGAUUCCGCCGAUUUCUUGCCACCAGCAGCAACAGCAACAUCAACAGCAGCAGCAGAAGCACCUCAUCUGGAAAUCUGGAAGUGUAAUUACGGUCAUAAUUCACGCGAGCAGCAGCCACAACAACAGCAAAAUAAUAAUUCGAAGAGAAGUGUGUUUAACGGGAAGUGUGCAGAGGAAAAACCAAUAGAGAUUUCCGCGAACAUCGAUCGAUUGUGAAAAUGUGUUGCCAAUCAAGUGGCCAGUGGAAAUUUCCUGCGCAGCAGCCUCGAAAAUCUUCGGCGCCAAGACGGCGCUUCCCAGGAUUUCGCCCACGCACCCAGCUGCUGAUCCUCAUCGUAGUCCUGAUGGCCCUGCUGCAAGGACGAACUGUCGACGCCGGGGCGGGAGAUAGUCUGUCAGGCGUGCGGCAAUCCUGCUCGAAUGAGGGAGAAGAAGUCCAACUGAAGAACCAGCCGCAGAUUUUCACCUGCUUCAAGUGCGAAUGCCAGAACGGUUUCGUGAAUUGCCGAGAUACUUGUCCCCCAGUCAAUGACUGUUACAUUCUGGAUAAGUCGAACGGAACUUGUUGCCGCAGGUGCAAGGGUUGCUCUUUUCGCGGCAUGUCGUACGAGAGCGGUUCGGAGUGGAGCGAUCCGGAGGAUCCCUGCAAGACGUACAAGUGCGUGGCCACCGUGGUCACCGAGACGAUCCAGAAGUGCUAUUCGCAGUGCGACAACAACCAGUUGCAGCCACCACGACCGGGCGAAUGCUGUCCCACCUGUCAGGGUUGCAAGAUCAACGGACAGACGGUGGCCGAGGGCCAGGAGGUGGACGCCUCCAUCGACGACCGCUGUCUGGUGUGCCAGUGCCGCGGGAACCAGCUGACCUGCUCCAAGAAGACCUGCCCGGUGCUACCAUGUCCCAUGUCCAAGCAGAUCAAGCGUCCGGACGAGUGCUGUCCACGCUGCCCGCAGAACCACAGUUUUCUACCUGUUCCAGGUAAAUGCCUCUUCAACAAAAGCGUCUAUCCGGAGAAGACGCAGUUUAUGCCGGACCGGUGCACGAACUGCACCUGCCUGAACGGCACCUCCGUGUGCCAGCGACCCACCUGCCCGAUCCUGGAGUGCGCCGCCGAGUUCCAGGAGCCGGAUGGCUGCUGUCCACGCUGCGCCGUGGCCGAAGUGCGGAGCGAGUGCAGUUUGGAUGGGGUCGUGUACCAGAACAACGAAACGUGGGACAUGGGGCCGUGCCGCAGCUGCCGUUGCAACGGUGGCACCAUCCGGUGUGCCCAGAUGCGCUGUCCGGCGGUCAAGUGCCGGGCGAACGAGGAGCUGAAGCAGCCGCCGGGGGAAUGUUGCCAGCGGUGCGUGGAGACGGCCGGCACGUGCACCGUCUUUGGGGAUCCCCACUUCCGCACCUUCGACGGCAAGUUCUUCAGUUUCCAGGGCAGUUGCAAGUAUCUACUGGCGUCCGACUGUCUGGGCAAAACGUUCCACAUCCGGCUGACGAAUGAGGGGCGCGGCACGCGGCGUGCCAGCUGGGCCAAAACGGUGACCCUAAAUCUGCGAAACUUAAAGGUCAAUCUCGGCCAGCGAAUGCGGGUCAAGGUGAACGGAACUAGGGUAACGUUGCCCUACUCUGUCGUAGCUGGUGGCCAGAACGUGACGAUUGAGCGUUUGGCCGACGGCGGAGCGGUGAUGCUGAGAUCGGAAAUGGGCUUGACCCUGGAGUGGAAUGGAGCUGGCUUCCUGCAGGUCUCGGUGCCGGCGAAAUUCAAGAAAAGACUGUGCGGUCUGUGUGGCAACUUCAAUGGCAGUUCGCGUGAUGAUCUCACGGGGAAGGAUGGACGAAAUCAUGGGGACGACGAGGUCUGGCACUUUGCCAAUUCCUGGAAGGUGGGUGGCCCCAAGUCCUGUUCCCGCAAGCGUGAAUUCCUCGCUGCCACGCCCACCUGCGACAAGCGCAAGUCCAACUUCUACUGCCACCCACUGAGUGUUCCGGCGCUCUUCGGCGACUGCCACGAGCGGCUGAAUCCGGAGAACUACAAGGCCGCCUGCCGCAUGGACGUGUGUGAGUGUCCAUCGGGCGACUGUCACUGCGACAGCUUUGCGGCCUACGCCCACGAGUGCCGGCGACUGGGCGUCCAGCUGCCGGACUGGAGGAGUGCCACCAAUUGCCCCGCCGGCUGGCGUCGCAAUGCCACGCUGUCGAGCUUCAAGGGCAACCAGUUCUACGGUGAUCCCAGCUUUAGCCGGUUGAAGGGUCGGCGCCAGAAGAACCACCAGCUGAGGCUGCAGCUGCAGCAGGAGCAGCAGCAGCGGAGCAAACAGGGCCAGAAGGGGCGGCACAAGCCGGGUGGCCACAACCAGCUGGACAGGCAGGGCCACAACGGACUGGACAAGGAUCAGCUGCAGAAGGAGUUCAUCCUGAAGCAUGUGCCCAGCAGUUUCCUCUAUCCGCGUGCGCCGGAUCGCACGCCGCCGCCCCUCCACUAAGUUAGUUGUCCGUUUAACUUUAGUUACCCAUUUAGUUACUACACACACACACACACACACACAUUCAUGAGCACGCCCAUCCACACAGACACUCGCGCGAUGGGGGCCGCAAUCCAUAGCAUACUUUUAGAGGCCCCCAAAAGUGCCAGAGACGGUGGGGAAAACCUAGUUGAAUUCGCUCCCAUGACAGCCAGGCCACAGUAUUACGCUGAACGUCCUCUGGAGUAGGCAGAUAUAGAUAGUCCGGAUAUAUAUAUAUGUUUAUAUAUAUAUAUGGUAUUCAGACACACACAUAGCAUCGAAACUCAUCCUGUCGCCAUUUUUGUGUAGCCUAAGUUUUAUUUAUUUUAGCUUUAGUAAUGGAGUUUUAUCCGGAGAGCCUGUUGCUUGUGUGCCUGUUUUGUAUUUGUAUUUGUACUGCUGUAUGUGUGUUUCGUCGCUGCGCUGCGCUAAACUAAACUGAUCUAAAAACUAAACUAUAACUAUAACUUAAACUUAAACUAAACCUAAACUAAGCUUUAGCUAAGUGUACUUAGAAGUUAACGCAGUCCUAGCGAAAGUACUUGAUAAUGUUUGCUUAAAAUAUAAGCUCUAGAAAGGACGAGGAUGAGGACCUACCCAACUACUAUGAGAACUGCACAACAGUAUUUUUGCUUAGUUGAAACUUGAACGAGCCCCAGAUCCGCAGAUCCCUAGAACUCAACCAACCUACUUAACCAACUCGAAAUUCCGCUUAUCUCAAAUCGCAAAAUUAACCAACUUUUAUCCAAACUGUGUUAAUAUUUAUACAACUAUCGCCAGCUAUUUAUGCACCUAACCGGCGGAAAGGGGAGACAGCUCUUUGCCAUUAUUCAAUUCUACAAAUUAAUCAAGUUUAAAGUUUAAAGUUUAAUGUUAAUGUAAAGUACUAUAAUAACUCUUUAUAUACUACUUGUAUGGCUGGAACUGUAAGUUUACGAUAUAUUUGAAUACCCAAAAGAUGAAGAAAGAAACAAAAACACAACAAAACAAAACAAAAACCAACGCAACAAAUGCAAGUGGAUGAAAUCAAAUUAAAAUAUAUGAAAACAAA